AGAAGUCAGAGAGUCAGCAGUAAACCAUCAGAGCCUCAACAUGAAAGUCCGUCACACUUUGAUCUGCUUCUUCUUCCUCUCUCUGCAGGAUGGAAACACUGGUCUCACCAAUGCCCAGAUCCCAUCUGUCUAUACAGGAACUGAAGGAGGAGAUAUCAGAGUUACAUGCUCCUUUUCUUCACCUGGAAGCUCGAUGUUCUUUUGCAAGAGAGAAUGUAAACCAGAGGACAUCCUCAUUCACACAACUGAUGUCAGAGAUCAGAGAGGCAGAUACAGCAUCAGAUAUGAAGGAGGAUAUUCUUUAUAUUUUAAAUAUGUUUUUGUGAGCAUCACACAGCUGACCAAGUCUGACUCAGGACAGUACAAGUGUGGUCUGGGUGGAUCAAACAUCAAGUUUGAAAUCAUUGUUGUAGAUGCACUGCUGGAUGGAAGUCCUCCUGAAGACAAAUCCCUCUAUACAAGAGCUGGAGGAAAUAUUGUAGUUGGAUGCUCCUUUACUGUCUCUGGAAGGAGGAGGUAUUUCUGCAAGGAAGAAUGUAAAGAGAAAGACAUUCUUGUUGAAACAACUGGUUACACAGCUGAGAGAGGCAGAUACAGCAUCAGAUAUACACAACGAUCUCUGACAGAUGUAUCUGUGUAUGUGAGCAUCACACAGCUGACAGAGUCUGACUCAGGACGGUACAGGUGUGGUCUGGACAGACAUUUAUCACCAGAUUCCUACUGGGAGUUUGAGAUUAUUGUCACAGAUGACCCAUCAGCCUCCAUACCAACAACACAGAUUUCUCAGACUGACCUGCAUCAGAUUGAGACAGCACCACUUCGAGAUGUGUGGCUGCCUGUCGGUCUGACUCUGGCCGUAAUGGUUAUCCUAUUAUUACUGGCUGUGGUGAUAUACUGCAGGAAGAGGUCUUCUAAACCCAAGGAAGCUCCAGUGGAAACAGAGUACACUUCUGUCACAGAGACCAACCAAGUGUACGAGAACAUCAGAGAGGACAGACACAGCAGAUCUGCUCCUGUGGAAAUCUCUUCAGUUUACCCUCUCGCCAAAUAUACCAAACAAAAAACUCCCGAAUCCACUGAUGACUACAGCUCUGUCUCUGAAUCCAGAUUUCAAAAUACAGCUGAAGACUACUUGGGUAAACUCACCUAUUCUGAGGUGAUUUUUUCCAAAAGGACCGUUGGCUCGUCCACCAGAGCCCUCCGUGGUGACGACAAUAAUGUUGUCUACUCUGUUCCACGGGUAGAGACGAGCUCCGAUACUGAUGAUCAACCUGUUUACUCUGUUACUUAGCUUCACAUUAUUAUAACAUAUUAUAACAUAUUUGUGUUGUGAUUUGCAAAUGCGCACAAUUUUAUCUGUACAUACAUCUUUUUAUUUCACAUACAAAGUGUUAUUUCAACAUUUGUGGAUCCAUUUUCACACACAAAACAGUUUUCACACAUUGGUGGAUCUCUUCCAGUCAAUUUGCGGGUCACGUUACAUUUGUGACUUCCUUUUUACGCAUUUGUGGAAUUUUUGUCCAAUCUGUCCUGCCCAGAUCUGUAAGUUUAACAGCAGUUUAAUAGCUACCCUAGCAGGGUACUCACUGAUGCACUGAUCCAGGUCUGGGAGGAGACCAGGACACCAGGACACCACCUGCCAUCUCAUCAGGAGCAUGCUCAGAGAUUGAUGGGCGUGCCAUUCACACUACUGAGACAUUAUGAGUUGAUGAAAGUCAUAAAGUUGGAUCAGCCUGUGAUUGAUUUUUUUACUUUGAUUUUUAGUUCAUCUUUUUAUAUUGAAUAAGAAGAGCAAGGAAGUUUGUCAUUAAUGCAUGUAUAAUGUAUUAUUUUGGACUGUGACAUACUGGAGACCAUACUGGUAAAAAUGAGUCAUUCAAAAAUGUGCCUCUAACCUCAGACCCUGCAGCAGACAUAAAGAUAAUGGAGAAUCGAGCGGCUGCUCACUGCUCCCUUGAGGGAUGGGUUAAAGUGCAGAGAACGAAUUUCGCAAUGUGUAUGUGACAAUAAAAGUAUCUUCUUCUUCUAUCUCUUUAAUAAAGCCAGUAUAGACAGAAAAAAAACACUACAGAGAAAAAAAAUUGUUCAAUGUACAAAAACUUGUAGGACAGACUUGAAAAAAUGCAAACUUAUCCUUUAAAAUAUUCAUUACAAGUUACUUCCAUAAAAAAAAAUUGAGGAAGGAAAAUGAAGGACACGAACUUACCCAACUAUUCACUUUCACUUAAACAAUGUCACACCUUUUUUUCUUACGUUUGGUUUUAAGACUGCAGUUAUUAUGGUUAUAGAUUAAAUAAAAUGUCAGAAAAUAGUGAAAAUUGCCUUUAACAUUUCAAACAGCCCAAGGUCAUCUGUUUUUUUGAUAGUUCCACUUUCGGGGAUAUAUUUCAUAUUUUAGUCGCACUCACUGGAACAUUCCUAUUGUAGUUAACAAGUUGGAGAUAAUGUGGCUAAUGUGAAUAUCUGUGAGUGAGGAUGACUGUUGUGCAGCUGAAACAAAUAAAUGUCGUUUAAAAGUGA